AUGGUGACUGAGUUCAACGAUCAUAGUCGAAAUAAUAACUUGUCAAUAAAUAAUAGUUCCAUUCCAAACCAAGCUGUUAGUCCUCAAUCAAAGAGAAAUACUAAAAAUUUAUCUCUAAAUUUAGCACCAAGAUCCUCAACUUUCCCUAAUAAUGGCUUGAAUGGCUCAACAAAUGUCUUGCCUCCAGUCCCACAAUCAGCUACACUACCCACAACAAGAUUAUUUAGACAUCCUUCAUUAUCAAAUUCUAAAAAUGAUUCAAAUUUAUCAUUAAAUUCAAAUCCUUCAACUUUGAAAAGAAGAACAACUUUAUCAUUAUCAAUACCCACAGAUCCAGAAUUAAUGAAUUUACAAAAUAAAAAUAAUAGUUCAACAAAUAAAUUAUCAUCAAAUUCUAUUCCUUCAAUAACUUCUUCAUCACCAAUAACUUCUUCUUCACCACUUAUACCUUCAACUCCUGCAGAUUAUACAAGUUUCCCUUCAUUUAAAAGAACUAAUUCUUCAAUAACAAAUAAUACAACAUCUUCAAAUUCAUCAUCAAAUAAAACAAUACAUAUGGAUAAUCAAGAUUUUAAUAAUCAAGAUUAUAAUAAUAAUAAUAAUGAAAUUCCCACUAUGAGAACUCAAACUUUGAUACAUAAUUUAUCAAGUAUAGAUCUUAGUGAUGAAAGUGAUGUAAAUAAAAUGAAUUGUUAUCCAAAUGGUCCACAAUGUGUCUUGGAACCAAAUUUAUAUCUUUAUUCUGAACCUACAGCUAAACAAUUAAUGGAAUUUGAUUUAGUUAUUAAUGUUGCAAAAGAAAUUUCACCACCAAUUCAAACAAAUCAUAAUCAAUUAUCAAAUAAUCAAAUAUCAAUUAUUGAUUUUAAUCAAGGAAAUUCAAAAUAUUAUUAUGUUCCAUGGACUCAUACUUCCAAGAUUUGUCAUGAUUUACCUAUAUUAACUUCUAAAAUAAUAUCAUCAUUAGAAAAAAAUGAAAAAAUUUUAAUUCAUUGUCAAUGUGGUGUAAGUCGUUCUGCAUCAUUAAUAGUUGCUUUAUUAAUGAAAUUGAAAAAUUUAAAUUUGAAUGAUUCUUAUAAUUUAUUAAAAUCUAGGGCUUCAGAAAUAUCACCAAAUAUGUCAUUAAUUUUCCAAUUAAUGGAAUGGAGUGAAAUUAUUGGUGUUAAUAAUAAUAAAUCUUCAACAACAAAUUCUAAUAUAAAUUCAAGACCUACAAGUGCUACAAGUGAAACAAGUUCAAAAUUUGAAACAUUAAAUGAAAAUUCUUUGGAAAAUAAUCAAAGGUCUGAAUUUAACAAGAAUAAUGAUGAUCUUGUAACGUUUCCAUGA